AGACGCCAGAGAGAGAUGAGUAGCAACAAACAGCAGCGGUCAGCAGUGUUCGUGAUCCUCUUUGCCCUCAUCACCAUCCUCAUCCUCUACAGCUCCAACAGUGCCAAUGAGGUCUUUCAUUAUGGCUGCCUGCGGGGCUGUACCCGCCGGCCCGUCAACCUCAAGAAGUGGAGCAUCACUGAUGGCUAUAUCCCCAUUCUCGGCAACAAGACUCUGCCCUCCCGGUGUCACCAGUGUGUGAUUGUCACCAGCUCCAGCCACCUGCUGGGCACCAAGCUGGGCCCCGAGAUCGAGCGGACCGAGUGCACCAUUCGUAUGAACGAUGCACCCACCACGGGCUACUCAGAUGAUGUGGGCAACAAGACCACCUUCCGCGUGGUGGCCCAUUCCAGUGUAUUCCGUGUGCUGCGCAGGCCCCAGGAGUUCGUCAACCGGACCCCUGAAACCGUGUUCAUCUUCUGGGGUCCCCCAAACAAGAUGCAGAAGCCCCAGGGCACCCUGGUGCGUGUCAUCCAGCGGGCAGGCCUGGUGUUCCCCAACAUGGAGGCCUAUGCCGUCUCCCUCGACCGCAUGCGCCAGUUUGAUGACCUCUUCCGGAGUGAGACAGGCAGGGACAGGGAAAAGUCCCACUCGUGGUUGAGCACAGGCUGGUUCACCAUGGUGAUUGCGGUGGAGCUGUGUGACCACGUGCACGUCUAUGGCAUGGUCCCCCCCGACUACUGCAGCCAGCAGCCCUGCCUGCAGCGCAUGUCCUACCACUACUAUGAGCCCAAGGGGCUGGAUGAGUGUGUCACCUACAUCCAGAAUGAGCACAGCCGCAAGGGCAACCACCACAGCUUCAUCACAGAGAAGAGAGCCUUCUCAUCUUGGGCCCAGCUGUAUGGAAUCACUUUCUCCCACCCCUCCUGGACCUAG